GUGGCAACGCCGCGCAACUUGUCUGCACGUUUUUAAAAGCCGGCCAAUCCGAAUCCAAAACAAGAACAGGAUCAGUACACACUCGAAAAAAGGACGAUGUUUAUGAACUGCAACCUCUUUGAGCCGGGCAAAUCAAAGCCAGAACGGAAUUUUGUUCAGCUAGCUGUGAAGCAGAAUCAGCGCUGUGACGGUCGGCGCUCCAACGAGGGCCGCGAUGUGGAGGUGACUUUUGGCUCGGAUUGGGGCACCGUGGCGGUAUCCUUGGGCGAGACGAAAGUACUGACCCAUGUUACCUGCGAUUUGGGUGCACCGACAACAUCCCGACCCAACGAGGGCAAGCUCCAGUUGAACGUGAAUCUUGGCGGUGUCGCCUUCUUGGACGAAGCGCAGACUACACAUGACCAGCGAUCCCUCACCUUGAAUUCCCUUUUGGAGAGAACCUUUCGCAGCUCAAGGUGUGUUGAUCUGGAGUCUUUGUGCGUAGCCGCCGAGCAGCAUGUGUGGUGCAUCCGUGUGGACAUCAAUGUGCUAAAUCACGACGGGAAUUUGUAUGAUGCCAGCACUAUAGCCACUUUGGCUGCUUUGAUGCACUUCCGUCGACCGGAUGUUACAUUUGCGGACGAUGAUCUGCGUAUCUACACAGAGAAGGAGCGGGAAUUCAUUCCGUUGUUAUUUCUCCACUAUCCCGUGAGUGUUACCUAUUGCAUUUACAAGAGCAGCGGCCAGCCAAUUGUGGAUCCUACGCUGCUGGAGGAGAACGCCGCCGAUUCUGUUAUUGUGUUGAGCUUCAACUCCUACCAAGAGUUGUGCACCCUAAACGCCGGAGGCACAGCACCAACAAAUGUGAGAACGAUCAUGCAAUGUGCACGCAAUGCAGCGACUCGCGCCAAGGCUUUGGUCGAUUUCAUUCGCAAAGCUUUAUCGCUGGACGAAGAGCGUCGAUUGCAGGGCAGUCGCUUGAUCCAGGGAUUGGCGUCUCUUUUUGGAGAAACGCCACAUAAGCUGAGCUUCAAGAAGCUAAUGGGACAACAAAAGCAGGAAGCCCCCUUAGUUGAUAAAAUGGAGGUGGAUAGCAACACUAUUUUAAGGGCAGAUAUUGAGGAAACUGAGGCCAAAGAAGAGACGUCUAAAAAGCAGACAGACGUCCCUCUGGACGCCACCAGUUGGCUGCCGCAGGAUGAGAACUCCCAGGAACUGCCUACGCCCUCGCAGGCGUCCACAUCGAAGGCGGGCAAGGGCAAACAGAAUCGGAGCAAAGGCAAGGCCAACAAAAAGCAACACGCAAAGAAACAAAAUCACAGUGAUUCCGAGGAGGAAACCAAGCAUGUCAUCUAGCCGAUAUGAUAGUCUUGUAGUUGAGUGAAAAUGCUUUCUAUUAAGUUUUAUUUAGGCUUAAAUAUAUGGCUAAAAAUCAGUCUAGGCUUUAACAGAAAUCGUUUAAUGCGGAAUUCCAAUUGAUGGAACCGAUGUUCAUCUUAGUUAGGCUUAAACUAGAGCUCUAAAUAUAAAUCCAACCCGCCGGGGCUAACGAGA